CUCUUCUCAGCUAUCCAUAUUUUCUCAGCUGAGGGCUUGUAUAAAAACCCAUGUAUGUGGUAAUUGAUCAGUGUGUAAUGCAAUGGCUGCAGCAAAAUUUUUGAAAGGCUCACAUUUUGUACUGAUCUUAUCAUUAAUAUUACAUGUCACAAUAAUAAAUGUAGAAGGAGGCAGCCACGAUUACCGUGAUGCCCUCGCCAAAUCGAUUUUAUUUUUCCAAGGCCAGAGGUCCGGCAAACUUGAAGACCAAGACAAAGCCCUCCACUGGAGGGGAGAUUCCGCACUAACCGAUGGUCAGUCGGAUGGGGUGGACUUGAGCGGAGGGUACUACGACGCGGGAGAUAACGUGAAGUUCAAUUUCCCGAUGGCCUUCACGAUAACCGUGCUUUCGUGGGGAGUGAUUGAGAACGGCAACAAAAUGAGGUCCAAUGGCCAGUUGCCCAAGGCAAUGGGUGCAAUCCGGUGGGGCACGGAGUACCUGCUCAAAUCUGCUCAGCAUCUGAAUAGUAGCGGCAAGUUAUACGCGGGAGUUGGGGAUCCAUAUAAGGACCACACAUGUUGGGAGAGGGCAGAAGACAUGGACACGGAUAGGACUGCAUAUUACGUAACACCCCAAAAACCGGGCUCUGACUUGGCGGCUGAAAUGGCUGCUGCCAUGGCCUCUGCUUCAAUGGUUUUUCGGAAAACCGAUCUCAAAUACAGCAGGCUGCUUUUGCAAAUGGCGAAAAACGUGAUGCAGUUUGCUGUGGACCACCCAGGAGCGUACAGCGAUUCCCUCAGCAAUUACGUGUGCCCGUUUUAUUGCUCAUAUUCGGGAUACAAUGAUGAGCUGAUAUGGGGAGCAGCAUGGCUGCACAGAGCAACUAAUGAUGCCAAAUAUUUGGAUUUGAUUCAAUCAUUAGGGGAUAACGAUCCACCGGACCUUUUCAGCUGGGACAACAAAGUUGCCGGUGCUGAUGUUCUCCUCGCAAGGCGUUAUUUGGUGGGUAAGGAUCAGAAUUUUGCGCCCUACAGUCAGAAAGCAGAAGCCUUCAUGUGCAAGAUAAUGCCUAAUUCUCCAUCAUCGACUACGCAAUACACACCAGGAGGUUUGAUGUAUAAGCUUGGUGCAAGCAAUCUACAGUAUGUAACUUCAGCAACUUUAUUGCUUACUACAUACGCGAAAUACAUGAAGGCCUCUCACCACACGUUCGACUGCGGAAGUUUCCACACAGUCACUCCGGCCUAUCUCCGGAACUUAGCCAAAACACAAGUGGACUACAUAUUAGGCGAGAAUCCAAUGAAAAUGUCGUAUAUGGUGGGUUAUGGUACAAAUUAUCCCAAGAGGAUCCACCACAGGGGAUCAUCUAUGCCUUCAAUGUACGUGCAGCCACAACACAUUGGAUGUGGGGAUGGGAUGCAACAGUAUUUCCACUCGUCGAGUCCCAACCCCAACAUUUUGACCGGUGCCAUUGUCGGAGGUCCCGACUCCAACGACCAGUAUAAGGACCAGAGGGAGGACGACGCUCAAUCGGAGCCCGCUACUUACAUCAAUGCAGCCAUCGUUGCGUCAUUGGCUUAUUUUGCCCCAACUCAACAAUAUUAAUACUAGCUAUUUCUCUCUCAACUCCACUCAUUAAUUAACUUACAAUUCAUCAAUGCUUUUUUACUGGAUGGUGGUGGUGAUGAUGAUGAUGAUG